GAGUAGUAUGAGAGCAAUUGUGCAUGGAAAGCGAACGAGCUGAAACAGGAAAAAGAAACCUAAAGUUAAAAAAAAAUAGUCUCCUUUGGCGGGUUGGCAGCAAAGAGCUUGGGUGGAUGGCUGGCUGACAACUUGGAACAGCUGAGCUGGGCUUUCCGAAAUCACGCAAUCCCCAGUCAAAUAUCCGAGCAUGGGAUAUGUAAUACAACUCAUACAAUAGGAAGAAAGUGGUCCAUGAUAUACCAAGAAAUGCUUGCCGAAGGCUGGAGCAUGCAGAGGUUAAACAAGACCCGGAGGAGAGAGCCCCUACCGCCAGAGGCAGCUCAUGGCAUUCACUUAUCUGGGAGAGUUAGCCAGUUAACAGACAUGGACAAGCCAGGCCCUCCACGACAUAUUGGCCAUCCAGCCCCUAGGCCUAUUGGCUUUCCUGCUGAUCAACGGCCUCCUGCCUUUUUUCAUCAGCCUCAGCCUGGUACGACUCAAUUGGUACAGUGGGCUCCAGCACCACCACCACCACUGAACUGUCCACCUGGACUGGAAUACUUAACUCAGAUAGACCAAUUACUUAUCCAUCAGCAGGUCGAACUUCUGGAAGCACUCACAGGUUUUGAAACCAACAACAGAUAUGCAAUUAGCAACAGCUUUGGUCAGAGAGUUUAUUUUGCAGUGGAGGAAAAUGAUUGCUGUACUCGAAACUGUUGUGGAAACUUAAGACCCUUUAUUAUAAAGAUUCUGGACAAUACAGGCCGGGAAGUGAUAACCUUUGAUAGACCUUUCAGAUGUGUUUCCUGUUUUUACCCUUGCUGUCUCCAACAGUUGGAAAUACAAUCUCCUCCUGGUGUGCCAAUAGGUUACAUUACCCAAAAUUGGCACCCUUUUCUGCCAAAGUUUACAGUUCUAAAUGAGCACCACCAGGAGGUGCUGAAAAUCCAAGGCCCAUGUAUUGUUUGCAGAUGUUGUGCAGACGUUGACUUUGAUAUAAAAUCUCUUAAUGAACAGACUACAGUUGGAAAAAUUACAAAACAGUGGACAGGAAUUAUAAAAGAAACAUUCACAGAUGCCGAUAACUUUGCAAUUCAGUUCCCAUUAGACCUUGAUGUGAAAAUGAAGGCUGUGAUGUUGGGUGCUUGCUUCCUCAUUGACUUCAUGUUUUUUGAACACGGUGGAAGCUCUGAUUCUUCAAGAACAGGAGUAUGGCAAUAAUUGGAUGGAUUUACCCUCAGUUUCAUUUAAAGAAAUUGUAUUGGGACAUUUGAAUUGGAAGUAUAAUGGGAUUUUAAAAAUUCAACUUAAAAAAGCAUACUGAUAUGGUGGGAUCUAUACAAUAACAACACUCAGCUUCGUGCUAUUUCUCUCAAAUUACAAAAUAUGUCCUUCAUUAGUUUCCUUAUCUGUUCCUUAUCUGUAAAAUAAGGGAGUUGGAUUAAAUUACCAUCAAGAUCCCUUCCAGAUGUAGACUUAUGAGCCAUUGAUCAUAUCAGUGACUUACGAAAGUCUGAUAUGUCAAAUCUGUUUUGAAUGUAGAAUGCUUGUUUUGAGGACAGUGUAUGAGUCAUGUUUGACGUUUAGAUAUAGAUGACUACUAUAUAAAAUGGUUCUGGGCUACACUGUCUUUUUUACAGAAAAGGGUUUUUUAAAUUUUUUUCUCAGUUUAACUUAUAUCUAGCUAACAUUCAUAUACGUGAUUCAUUUUGCAAGUUCUUAUAUGGUUUGGAAAUACACCUCAAUAAGAUAAAACAUGGUAUCAUUUACAGAAUUUACAGCAAUACAGAAAAAAAAAAUUCUUUAAUCAUCUGGUGCCUAAUAUAGCUGUGCCUAAAGAAACUUAGCCAUUGUGAAUAUAAUGCUCUUUUCCAAAAAAUAAGAAAUCACUUUAUUUUUGUGUCUUUUAUUACAGAAAGAUGACUGUUUUUUUCUUAUAUAACUAGUUUUUGGGAUCUCCUUGAGGGCAAAGGAGAGUCUUUUUGGAUCUCCAGUCUAGCACAUAGUAUGGUGCUUAAUAAAUAAUUGUAGACCUACUAACUGGGUGGGGGGAAUGUCAGGAAGGAAAGGCGGGGUCUGAUCUGCUAAUUUUUCUUAACUGAGGGCACACUUUUAGAUGUUCAUUUCCUUGUUCCUACUGAAACUGCCAUUCCUUUCACAAAUAUUUACUUGUAGCCCUGUGCUCAAUUCCAGUUAAUUUUCUGUUGUAUUAAUUAAACUGUUAAGAUUUUCUUACAUCAAAUAAACUCAACAUAUGCCAUCUCUUUA